GAUUCCAUCAGCCAACAAGUGAAGGACCUGAAAAUAUGGAUCAGGAGAAUCAGACAAUAGUGACUGAGUUUUAUUUCUCCGAUUUCCCUCAAUUUGAGAACAAAAGCCUCUUAUUCUUCAUCCCUUUGCUCUUUAUUUAUGUGUUUGUUAUUGUUGGAAAUUUCAUGAUUGUCCUUGCUGUCCAGUUGGAUACCCGUCUUCACAAUCCCAUGUACAAUUUCAUCAGCAUCUUCUCCUUCCUGGAGAUCUGGUACACCACAGUGACCAUCCCCAAGAUGCUCUCCAACCUUAUCAAUAAAGAGAAGACCAUUUCUUUCAUCGGCUGCCUUCUGCAGAUGUAUUUUUUCCACUCCCUGGGGGUCACAGAAGGCCUCGUUCUCACAAUGAUGGCCAUUGACAGGUACGUUGCCAUCUGCAACCCGCUCCGCUAUGCCAUCAUCAUGACCCACCGACUCUGCAUCCAGCUCUCCGCUGGCUCUUGCAUCAUUGGCUUCCUUAUGCUACUGCCAGAGAUUGUGUGGAUUUCCACCCUUCCCUUCUGUGGCCCCAACCAAAUCCAUCAACUCUUCUGUGACUUUGAACCUGUGCUACGCUUGGCCUGUACAGAUACAUCCAUGAUGCUGGUCGAAGAUGUGAUUCAUGCUAUUUCCAUCCUGACUUCUGUUUGUAUCAUCAUGCUUUCCUAUGUAAGAAUCAUCAUCGUGAUCCUGAGGAUUCCCUCAGGCGAGAGCCGGCAGAAGGCUUUCUCCACUUGUGCAGCCCACAUUGCUAUUUUCUUCCUGUUUUUUGGCAGCGUGACACUCAUGUACCUGCGCUUCUCUGUCACUUUCCCACCGCUCCUGGACAAGGCCAUUGCACUGCUGUUUGCUGUCCUUGCCCCACUUUUCAACCCUAUAAUCUAUAGUCUGAGGAACAAAGACAUGAAAGAUGCCAUCAAAAAAGUCCUCUGUUCACAAAAAAUAUUCAAUUUCUCUGGAAGCCAAUGAGAGUUCACACACCUCUGUUCAAAGAACUGUAAGUUAAAAAUGGUAUCA